CUCCACUUCCCUCCCUACAUAAACCUUUUAUGAUGCUGCCAGGGAGGAAAAAGUUGGAUACUUUAGGUGUCACUUGAGUGGUGGCUUAGUCUGCUGGGGCUGCUGCUAUCACAUUCAAGAUGAUGCUCAGCAGAAGCUUCAGGCCUUUUGGGUGUCUAUAAAGGGGAUGCUUUUACAGCCAUAGGCAUACUCGAAGAGAGCAAGGUUUACAUUCCGAGUUUAGGCAAUUGGUGGACUCUGAGGGGGAAGAAGAAGAAGAAACUUUUUCGGAGAAGGACUUUGACACAGUUGACUCUUCCUGCAGAUUCCAAUCCUUCAAGAUCAUGGCUGCUAUAAUAACUGUUGGGAUUAUACUGGUGUGUUUGCUCGCAGCUGGUUUUGCCUACCUUUCGGGAAAUUCAGGAUGUACACUGGUAGAUGUGUCAACAUCAUGUGGAAAGGUUCGUGGUCAUCAUUGCGAUCAUGUUUAUAUGUUUAAAGGAAUUCCUUAUGCCAGUCCCCCCACUGGACCAUUGCGUUGGAGGCCUCCUGUGGAGCCCACCUGUUGGAAUGACACUCUCACUGCCACAGAGUUCAAGUCCAUGUGUGCCCAAGUGAGGCCUUUGAGUGAGACGGGCACAGUGAUGGGCUCAGAAGAUUGCCUGUAUGUCAAUGUGUGGACACCAUCACUGGAUCAUGAAGCCAAGCUGCCAGUCAUGGUUUGGAUCCACGGAGGCUACCUUUUAAUUGACAGUGGCUCAGAACCUGGCUAUUGUCCCAAUGAAGAUCUAGUAAAGGACAGCCAUAUUGUCCAUGUCAGCUUCAACUACCGUCUUAAUGCAUUUGGAUUCCUGGCUUUGGCUGAACUCCGAGAAGGAUCUCCUACCAACACCUCUGGAAAUUAUGGAUUCAUGGAUCAGGUGGCUGCCCUAAGAUGGGUUCAGAAGAACAUCCAAUAUUUUGGUGGUGACCCAAACAAGGUGACGAUUUAUGGCCAAAGCUCAGGAGGGACUUCGGUCUGGACUAUGAUGACGUCUCCAUUGGCCAAGGGUCUUUUUCAUCGUGCCAUUGAUAUUAGUGGAUCCUCUGUGUUUAAAGCCACCAUGGCGGAGGCAGAAAAGGACAACCUGGUCUUCCUGAAGAAAACAGGCUGUGAAGAUGCUGAGUGUUUGAGGCAGCUGAAUGUAAUCAAGAUCCUUCAAUCCAGCCCUUGGGCAGAAUACCCAGAAUGGGCAGCAGGAGACCUGUGUGACUUGCCACAAGAAGGAAAAUUUGUUGGCCCAUUGGCUGUAGUGGAUGGAUAUAUGGUGCCAUUUCCCCCACUAGAUGUAUGGAAGGAGAAGAAAGAGGGUUAUAGUGAUGUACCAUAUGUGAUUGGCACUGCCCUGCAAGAAGCGGAGUAUGGGCCAGUUUUCGGCAACCUUUCUAAGUGGACUGAAGAGGAUUACCGCUGGUUUGUCAAACUACGUCUGAACACAUUUGGGGAAAGUCUGGCAGACGAGGCUCUGUAUCUCUAUCCCACCUCGGAGUUCUGCACCCAGCCUGAGCGAUGUGUGGAGAAGACCUACAUGACAAUGGUGUCUGAUCUGAGAGCCUCAUGUCCUAACAAUGAGCUGGCCAAACAAGCAGCAGCUGCAUUGUCCAGUCCAGUCUACCGCUAUCAGGUCAUCUACAAUCCAUCCCGCCCAGUUAAAGUCAAUAACCUUUUCUCCUAUGAGAGCUGGUUCUCCUUUCAUAUGCUGGAUACUCUGGGAUUUUUUGGAACUCUGGAUUAUUCACUUGGAGAGACCACAGAAACAGAUCGUGACUUUCAGAGGUUGAUAAGAAAAUAUUUCAUUCACUUUGCUAAAGAAGGACGCAUGCCUUCCGAAUGGCCAGAGUACCCCGAAGGGACUGCACUAUUGUCCACAUCACUGUCUGUGGGGAAGGACUAUCGCUCAGCUCAGUGUGCACUUUGGGAGAAGUACAACGUGUUUCCGUAUGCCUGGAUAAACUGAGGAAUGCUUCUGUUUCUAAGAAACAUGUGAGAACAAUAUAUAGGUUGUCGUCUGAAGCUUCUGGUUCCAUCAUGACUGUGAUAUCCAUUCCUAGACUUCAACACUUAGGCCCCGUACACACGGUCGGACCGAACCGAUGAGAAUGGUCCGACGGACCGUUUUCAUCGGUUCACC